CACACAGCUACUAGUGUCAAGUGUCUGAGGCCGAAUUUGAACCAAGUCCUCCGAAUCCAGGCCGGUGCUUUAUUCACUGCCCCACCUAACUGCCCCUCUGUGUUUAUUUUUAAAGUCUAAAUUGGUUGAUGAGCAACCUGUGCAUCCAUAUUUGUUUCUGCAGAUAAAUCCCAUUUUUCCUUUUCAGUGGCAUUGUUUCCCUUUUCUUAUCUUUAGAAUUUAACUCUUGAGUAUCUCCCAUUCCUCCUGGCCAGACUUGCCCAAAAGCUAUAUAGUCCUUGGGAGUUUACCUAGUUCAGGGAGGAGUAGCAUCUCUGGUGUGAGGGCUGCUCAUCCACUUUUGAUGUCCACCUAUCACUCAACUCUUGCCUAUAGCUCCAAGUAGUUGUAGUAUGUCUCAGAGGCUAUACCCUGGUAAACUGUCUUGACAGAUGGGCUAAACCAAGUUGAGAGCAACCAAUAGGCCUCAAAUCCAUUAGUGAGUUAGAGGGAUGUCUACAACAAAGCAUAUGAAGGCUUCCCCUGGUGUAAUAGGUGAAUGAGAACAAUUUGUUCCAACAGCCAUGGAAGCAGCUGAAGCAGGCACUGUGGAGCAAUUAGAGCUAGGUCAAACAUCAAAAACACCAAGGUCAUCUACUGUAUCCAGGGAUAUCACCAGCCAUCUUGACUUUUGUCCUGCCACUGGACUUCAAUGACUCUGGAAGAGAGAGUGAGGACAAUAACUGUGCAACUAUGCCUCACUUAAAUCAAUUCAUGGGCAAGUCAAGACAUCACUCCAUGAUGUCAUUGGUCUUUGAAAGCAACAACAUGGAUCACAAGAGAAAAUGAUGAGGUCACAAUUGGCUCAGCAUAGCCACUUAUCUCUAUCAGGGAGAAGAUAAUUAAACACUAAAAUACCCUAUCAGCUCCUCCUCAGAAGGGAAAUGAACUUGGAGUUCCAAAUGAAGGAUCAGCUUAUUAAGAAUGACUCUGGUGGGGCAGCUAGGUGGCGCAGUGGAUAGAGCACUGGCCCUGGAGUCAGGAGGACCUGAGUUCAAAUCUGGCCUCAGACACUUAACACUUACUAGCUGUGUGACCCUGGGCAAGUCACUUAACCCCAAUUGCCCCACUAAAGAAAAAAAAAAAAAGAAUGACUCUGGCAAGAGAGACAUUCUCUGUGAUUAUCACCUAUUUCCUUUUCCUUUAUAGAGAUGGACAGCUGAGGCAUCCUCGAUCUCCUGAGGGAUAACUUCCUCUUGCCGUAUAACUUGGAGGAUUUUAGUCAGCUUUUGAAUGACUAGUGGACCCCCUGCCUGGUAAAAUUACAAGGUGUAAUGGAAUCAGCACCAGGUUCUUUGCCAUAUCAGAGGAACCUAAUAGCAUUCAAAACCUCUUCUUCAGUUGGAAUUUGGCUAUAGAGGGAUUAACUUCAACCUGAGGUAUACAGUUACUGGCUUCAGCAUUGAUUGAUGAGAACACUAGUCUGUUGAAAACACUGUGGUAGUGUUCAGCUCAUCUUUCCAAGAUCAUGUCCUUAUCACCGAUCAGUGUGACUCCAUCAGUGUUGAGUAGUUGAGAUGCACUAUAGGUGUUUGGCCCUUAAAUACCCUUAAGGGAAUCAUAGAAGUGCUUUGGGUUGUUACUAUCAGUGUUAAAUCGAAUUUCAUGUGCUUUCUUACUGAGCCAAGAAUCCCACAUCUCUCUAAGCAUUGCAGCACUGAUCCUUUGAAUCCCUCAACCAGAAAUCCUGUCCCAACCAGGUUGCUGGUUCACUUUAAUAUACUUCACUGCCUCACCAUUCAGAAGGCUCCAUACUUCCUAGGAAUGAUCCCAUAGCCAGAAAAUUUGGGGAAACCCCAUUCCUCUUUCCCUCCUGCUCAACAGCUUGCGUUAUUCCCACAGGACAUUAUAAAAGGCUAUCCCUCCCUCCUAGAAGGCUUUUUGGUGGUCCUAUGUUUUCUCAAUCAACAGAUGCCAACAACACAAUGAAUAUUUACCUAGCGCUUUAAGGUUCUCAAAAUACUGUACACAUAUUAUCUCAUUUGAUCUUUACAAUUACCUUAUGAGAUAAGUGCCAUUAUCAUUCCCAUUAUACGGAUGUGUAAAGUUACUCUGAGAGAGUCAAGAGACUUGCCCAGGGUUCUACAACUAAAUAAGUAUCUAAGGUAGCAUUUGAACUCAGGUUUUUCUGACUUUAAGUCCCCCACACUAUCUGCCUCUAACACAACUAUUAUUCAGUAAAAAAAUGUUGUGUGUAUGUGUGUGUGUGUGUGUUUUUUAAGGGGCUCUCCAACUGGAAAAAGUUGAGAGCCUAUGUUGCAUGUCCUUGAUUUCAGAGUUCGCAGUCCUCUGGUUUUCCUGCAGUACUUCCCUAAGGCCCCCCUAGGCUCCCUCCCCUCCUCUCUGAUUUAUUCCUCAGUUCCAAGGGUGCAAUGGAAAGCACAUGGAAUUUGAGGUCGAGAAACUUGGAUUCAGAUAGGAGCUCUGCAGACUGGCUGGGUGAUCUUGGGCAGGUGCCUGACCUCAGCUCAUCCGUAGCUUCUGUUUACUCAUCUGCUUUUAAGAGUAGGGCUUUUUAUCUGUCUUUUAAGAGUAGGGCUUCUUCCGGGGUAGCUAGGUGUCGCAGUGGACAAAGCACCGGCCUUGGAUUCAGGAGUACCUGCCUCAGACAUUUCACACUUACUAGCUGUGUGACCCUGGGCAAGUCACUUGACCCCACUGCCCCGCCAAAAAAAAAAAAAAAGAGUAGGGCUUUUUCAACAUUUUCCUCUCCUGAUCCCUUUUCGACCGAGAAAUUUUUUAAUUGACCAGGGUUAUGUAAGUGUAUAAAAUAGGUAUACGUAAUCUUUUACUGUGGCCAAAUUUUUCACGACCCCGCAUUCAGUUACGCGACUCCAUAUGUGGUCACGACCCACAGUUUAAGCUUUGUUUUAGAGACAACCUAUGAUCUAAUUACUGGCGUCCCUUCUACCCAAGCUGCUUUAUCCUGAUUCCUCCUCUAGAAUAGAAGGGGAUGGGAGGAGUGGUGGUGUAAGCUUUACUUCCUUCCCGAAUAAAGUAUAAACUUAACGGACUCAUUACGGAACUUGACUCCUACUACCCCUGGGACUUUCUGAUUAGGAACGUUGAGCAUCUUGGAUGGGACCCCUUAGACGUGCCCUGUCCCGGACUACAACUCCCAUCAUGCCCCGAAACCUCCAUUUCCAGGUCCUUAGACUACACUUCCCUGCAUGCAGUUGGGCGCUGGGGCUGUGCCAGGUGGGGGCGGAGCUCGCGCUACGGCUUCACGCGUCUCGACUGUCAUGGCGGCGGUGGUUGGAUUACAUUCGUCUUGCAGGCGACUCGCGAGGACAGUUCUGAGGACCCCACGCCGGGCCCUGUGGGGCCAAAACAGAACGAAGCAAGAAGAAGUAAAGGUUCCUGAGAAGGCAGUAGAGAUUAAAGAAGAGCCUGUUCUGGAAUGUCCACCACCACGAAGUCGAAAGUACAUUCCUCCUGAGGAUCUCCAGAGUUGUGUGGAAUCUCAUGUCAGGAGAGUUUUUGGUACACACCUUAAUAAUGAUUGGCAAGAAACUAGCUUGGAAAAUAGUCAGCUGAAGUUUUCUCUCUUGGCACAACUGGCUGAAGAAUUUGGCCAUGUGGUACCCAACUCUAGGCUUCAUCAGAUGCGCAGUGUCAAGGAUGUUGUUGAUUUCUAUAGCAUACCUGUGCAGGAUGGAACUAAAUUUGAUGAGAUUAGCUCCAAGCAACUGCCUUCCAACUUGAAAAUCACCUGGAAUUACUGAGGCAAAUUGAACUUGAAUUUUAUUUUUCCUCUAAAGGAGAGAGAUUUCUCAUCAACCUUUUUAAAAUUUGGCAUCGUGUAAAAUUGUUCUGCUAGAGCUCUUGUUACCAGAAAUAACAUAUUUUGAUUCACUAGUGACCUCAUGUGUUAAGAAAGAGGAAAGAUAAGGAUUUGUGGUUUUUUUUUCCUGCUGGAGAACAGUUUUCUCUCCUGUUCUCUAUGGAAUCAGAUGAUUUAUGCUCUACCCAGAAUACGUGUUUGUUUAAUAAAUACUUAUUGAAUUAAUUUGAA